AUGUCGAGCGGCGGCAGCGCAGGCAGCACGAGCCACCGGCUGCGCUACAAGAAUGCGGGCCUGGACGCCCAGGAGCUGCGCCGGCGGCGAGAGGAAGAAGGAGUCCAGCUGCGCAAGCUGAAGCGCGAGAGCGAGCUGUGCAAGCGCCGCAACCUGGGCGGCCCCGAGCUAGACGGCGACGAAGGGGACAACCCGGGGCCCGAGCGCGCGGGCGUGACGGCCGAGAUGGUGGCCCAACUGUACGCCGACGCGCCCGAGCUACAGCUGCAGGCGACACAGCGGUUCCGCAAGCUGCUGUCGCGGGAGCCCAACCCGCCUAUCGACGAGGUGAUCGAGACCGGGAUCGUGCCCCGCUUCGUGGAGUUCCUCCAGCGGGACGACCAGUGCACGCUGCAGUUCGAGGCGGCCUGGGCGCUCACCAACAUCGCGUCCGGCACGUCACUGCAGACGCGCAUGGUGGUCGAGGCCGGCGCCGUGCCCGUGUUCGUCCGCCUGCUGGGCUCCGAGUACGAGGACGUGCAGGAACAGGCCGUCUGGGCACUGGGCAACAUCGCGGGCGACUCGCCAGAGUGCCGCGACUUCGUGCUAGCCCAAGGCAUCCUACUGCCGCUGCUCCAGCUCAUCGGAAAGUCCACGCGGACCUCGAUGACGCGCAACGCCGUCUGGGCGCUCUCCAAUCUUUGCCGGGGCAAGAACCCGCCGCCGCGCUUCGACCAGGUGCAGCCGUGCCUGCCGCUGCUGGCGCGGCUGCUGUACGUGAACGACUUCGACGUGCUGGCCGACGCUUGCUGGGCGCUCUCGUACCUGUCGGACGGCCCCAACGACAAGAUACAGGCAGUGAUCGACGCCGGGGUGUGCCGCCGCCUCGUUGAGCUGCUCAUGCACGCGAGCCAAGGCGUGGUGUCGGCGGCCCUGCGCGCCGUCGGCAACAUCGUGACGGGCGACGACCUGCAGACGCAGGUGGUGCUCAACUGCAACGCGCUGCCCUGCCUGCUGCACCUGCUCUCGUCGCCCAAGGAGUCCGUGCGCAAGGAGGCCUGCUGGACGCUGUCCAACAUCACGGCGGGCAACCGGCAGCAGAUCCAGGCCGUCAUCGACGCCAACAUCUUCCCGGUGCUGGUGGACGUGCUGGCCCGGGCCGAGCUCAAGACCAAAAAGGAGGCGGCUUGGGCCAUCACCAAUGCUACAUCGGGUGGCUCGCCGGACCAGGUGCGCUUCCUGGUGCAGCAGGAGUGCGUGGGCCCGCUGUGCGACCUGCUCACGGCCGCCGACCCCAAGGUGGUGCAGGUGGCCCUCAACGGGCUGGACAACAUCCUGCGGCUCGGCGCCCAGGACGCCCACGAGGGCCGCCUCAACCCGUACGCCGUCCUGGUCGAGGAGUGCUUCGGCCUCGACAAGAUCGAGUUCCUGCAGUCGCACGAGAACGUAGACAUCUACCAGAAGGCCUUCGAGAUGAUUGAGCACUACUUUGGCGCCGAGGACGAGGCCCCGCGCAUCGCGCCGCCCGCCCAGGGGGGACAGUUCCAGUUCGGCGCCGCUGACAGCCCCGCAGGUUACCGCUUCUGACGGGGUCCCCCCGGCAGACGCUAGCCACCACUUGUACAUAAAACUAUUUAUUGGCCCCCACCGCCGCUUCGGGGACCCACAACAAAUGUACAUAGCGUCUCGGAGAAUAAAAGGUUUUGCUGCCGGC